AUGGAGGCUGCUAGGGCAACUGUUGAGGAUGCCCAUCGGCAGCAUAUGGAGGCCCUUUACCAGCUAGAGGAGAACAAGACGGUUGCCCCUGCGUUUGGCCCAGAGCCACGAACGCUAGUCAGGGAGUGGAGUCUGGAAGAAUUCUUGAAACACCAUCCCGUGAAGUUCAACGGGAAGAUGAGCCCUGACGCAGCAGACCAGUGGCUAAAGGAUCUGGAGAGGAUCUUUGAUGCAAAAACAUGUCCAACGGAGAACAGGUUGGCUUUCACAGUGUAUAUGCUCACCGGGGAGGCCGAACAUCGGUGGACCAGCACCAAAUCCAUCAUGGAGGAGAGGGGAGAGCCAGUCACAUGGGAGGCUUUCCUGGGAAGGUUUCUCUUAGAGUAUUUCCCCGAUAGCGUUAGAUAUGCCAAGGAGGUGGAGUUCCUCCAGCUCACCCAGGGAGGGAAGUCCGUAGCUGACUAUGUUGAGAAGUUCAAGCAUCUCAACCGCUUCUACAUCUUGCCACUCGAUGAGGAGUGGAGAUGUCGCAAGUUCGAGAAUGGGCUGCGUGGCGACAUUCGCUUGAUGGGCCAGAGGCCUCAACAGUCACAGAGGAUAAGUGGACCAUCUGGGUCCAAACCCAAACAUGAGGACCGAAGGAGACCAUAUGACAGACCUCCCCAUCAGCCUCAAGGGUCUAGGGGUCUUCCUCCCCAACAGGGUUGCGUGCAGUGUUACAUAUGUGAGGGUCCUCACUUGAGGAGUGCCUGCCCAUGUAUGGAGGGUUAUCGUAGAUGCAACAACUGUGGCAAGGAGGGCCACUUUGGGAAGGAUUGUCCCACUCUUGCUAGGACAGCAACACGCCAUCCGGUUCAGGCUUCUCACCAACAUCAGCGGAGAGACAGGGGCAACAGGUCUUAG